GGUGUGAUUAUUUAGUUUGCAGCUAAAUAUUACUAAAUAAACGAUACUGAUGUUUUUGACGUUUCUCCGUCAGUCUAAAGUUAAGUGUGGUGUGAAAGAUACUUAAGCAAGCGAGAUUUUCAUAACUUUCGCUUUAUUUUUAUCACUCGCAGCAGUCGCAGAAAGCCGGCUGUGAUUGAAAAACAGCCAGCCAGAGCAGAGAGCCAGACUGUUCACUCACAUUUGUUAUUUUUGUCCUGUUUUUGUCUCUAGUGUUGAUCGUUUAAUAAAAUGCCUUUGAUUGUUCAUGGAGCUGAUGUGAGCCCACCAUGUAGGGCCGUUUACAUAGUGGCCCAAGCUAUAGGAAUAAGUUUAGAGAGGAAAGACAUCUCUUUGGCCAAUCAGGAUCACUUAAGGCCAGAAUAUUUGAAGAUUAAUCCUUUACAUACUAUACCCACGUUGGAUGAUAAUGGAGUAAUUAUACCUGACAGCCAUGCCAUUAUAACUUAUUUGAUCGGAAAAUAUGGAAAAGAUGAUGCCUUGUAUCCCAAAGAUUUGGUUAAAAGGGCGGCUGUGGAUUCCAAGCUGUAUUUUGAUGCUACAUGUGCAUUUAAUAUUCUAAAAAUAUGUUUUAGAGCAUACUUAUACCACGGGCAAAAGGGACCCCUAACGGAGCUUCAACGUCAGCAAAUCUUGGACGUAUACGAUUAUUUGAACACAGUGUUGGAAAAACAGAAAUGGGUGACAGGGGAUGCGGUGACUUUGGCUGAUAUUUCCUUAUUGCCCACUGUGACUUCGCUUGAUUUAAUGUUACCAAUCGACGACAAUAAAAAUCCUCAUGUCAGAAGAUGGAUAAAAGAUGCCGAAUCUUUACCGUAUUUUUCUAUUAAUAAGCGUGGUCUGGAUGAGUUCAAAGAUUCCUGGAAAUGGGUAACAUCCCUGUAAAAGAUAAUGUAAUCGAUCUAAUAAAGUUUUAUUGAUAAUAGAGAUACA